UCACUGCCUUUUACUUUCGAUCUCUCCUAGUCCACGUCCAAAAUUAGGGUUCUUACUUCUUUCCCCCUUUUUCGAGCUGAUCUUCUUCUACCUCCUGAAUCUCAUCCUUUUCCUAGAUUCGCUAAGGGUUUACAGAUCUAUUCAGCUUCUGCUUCCACUUCUACUCAGUCUCUAUCUAACCUCUUCACCAUGUUUUGGAAGCUCACAGCUCUCUCACCCUCCUCUCCCGUGGAGUCAAUGCUAGACAAGGAAAAUUUCACGUUGGAAGAGCUACUGGAUGAGGAAGAAAUAAUCCAAGAAUGCAAAGCUUUAAAUAGUCGACUCAUCAAUUUUCUACGAGAUAGAGCUCAAGUAGAGCAGUUGUUGCGCUACAUUGUUGAAGAGCCUCUUGAAGAUGCUGAUACCAAACGAGCCUUCAAGUUCUCCUUCAUUGCCUGUGAGAUAUUUACAUGCGAAAUUGAUGUUAUCCUUACGACUUUAGUUGAGGAGGAAGAGUUAAUGAACUUACUUUUCUCCUUCUUGGAACCAAAUCGUCCCCAUAGUGCCUUGCUGGCUGGUUAUUUUAGCAAGGUUGUUGUGUGCCUUAUGCUACGGAAGACAGUGCCACUUAUGAAUUAUGUACAAGUGCAUCAGUAUGUUUUCAGUCAGUUGGUUGAUUUAAUAGGAAUAACAUCCAUCAUGGAGGUUUUGGUUCGACUAGUAGGAGCUGAUGAUCAUGUGUAUCCCAAUUUUAUCGAUGUGAUGCAAUGGUUGGCUGACAGCAAUUUGUUGGAAAUGAUUGUGGAUAAAUUGAGUCCAUCUUGUCCUCCAGAAGUUCAUGCCAAUGCAGCGGAGACACUAUGCUCAAUAACACGGAAUGCACCUUCAGCCUUAGCCACUAAACUCUCCAGUCCAAGUUUUGUUGCAAGGAUAUUUGGCCAUGCAUUGGAAGAUUCUCAUUCGAAAUCUGGCCUUGUAAACUCGCUUUCAGUUUGCAUUUCAUUGUUGGAUCCGAAAAGAUCAGCAGUUGCUUCUCCUUUGAUGCAUUCAUUCAGGAAUCAACAUAUGUAUGAAUCUCCAAUCCCAGUAAACUCAGAGACUGUUGGUGCAAUGCUGCCAAAACUUGGUGACUUGCUUAUGCUUCUUAGUGUGUCAUCUGAUGAGAAGAUUUUGCCCACCACAUAUGGGGAAUUGAGGCCACCCCUUGGGAACCAUCGUCUGAAGAUUGUGGAGUUCAUAGCAGUGCUGUUGAAAACUGGGAACGAAAUUGCGGAGAAGGAGUUGGUCAGCUCAGGAACAAUGCGACGUGUCCUUGAUCUCUUCUUUGAGUACCCAUACAAUAAUGCAUUGCAUCACCAUGUGGAGAGUAUAAUACUGUCAUGUCUUGAAAGCAAGAAUGACAUGAUAGUCAGUCAUCUUCUUGUAGAAUGUGAUUUGAUUGGCAAAAUUCUCCAAACUGACAAACAUCCAAUUCUUUCUGGUGAGGCUAAUCAGCCCACUUGGCAUGCUGCUGGAAAAUGUGCACCACGGGUAGGAAACAUUGGACACAUCACACGAAUUGCGAAUAAGCUUGUACAGCUAGCAAAUAGUGAUAACAGGAUCCAGGCAUGUCUUCAGGAAAAUAGCGAAUGGAAUGGUUGGCACUCUAGUGUUUUACAAGAACGUAAUGUAGUUGAAAAUGUUUAUCGAUGGGCUUGCGGUCGUCCAACAGCAUUACAAGAUAGAACAAGGGACAGUGAUGAGGAUGAUCUCCAUGACAGGGAUUAUGACGUUGCAGCUCUAGCAAAUAACUUGAGUCAAGCUUUCAGAUACAAAAUAUAUGGGAGUGAUGAUACUGGAGAGGAACAUGGAGUUCUUGAUCGAGAUGAUGAGGAUAUGUACUUUGAUGAUGAAUCUGCAGAGGUUGUCAUAUCAUCCCUAAGGCUUGGGGAUGACCAAGGAAGUCUCUUCACAAACUCCAACUGGUUUGCAUUCGAAGAUGAUAGAAUUGGUAAUGCACCUCUGAGCUCAUCCCCAUCAGACAUGAUGGAUGAAAUCAACUUGAGCAGCACUGCAAAUGGUGGUAACAGCAGUAGUGAUGAUGAAGUGGUUGUUGGGGAGGAUGAUGAGUUGACUGAAGGCAAGCACAAUGUCAAUAGCACAUCUACUUCCAGUGCAACGAGUGGUUUUCCUAUUAGUGGUUCUUUGAAUACUGAAGAGACUAAUUCACAAACACGGAAUGCAGAUGCCUCAAAUGAGUUGGGAUUCUUCAGGUUUGACCCAACAGACAAUGAAGGCUUUUAUGGAGAUAGGCCUCUACCAGAGUGGGUUGCGUGGGGGGAACCAUCGGGUUUGCAAGCAGCUGGGUCAAGCAAGAAUCCAUUUCUUGACGAUGUUACUUCUGACAUCAACUUACCUACCCACGCGGAGACAGUGGCAGCUAAUGUCGACUCCUCUUUGAACGCAGAAUCCAUACUUCCAAAUGGUUCCCCAAUCUCCAUGGAUACUGGUGAUAGUUUAGGGAGCAGUGAUUUAAGUCAUAGAUCUCCAACAGUACCAUCUCUUUUUGAAGAGGAUGUUGAAUUUGUUGGUGUGGAAUUAGAAGGCACGGAAAAGGCAAUGGAACAAGCUCUUAAGGAGGGGAUAGUUGGGGAAGCAGGGCCAUUGAAGAGGAACAUUGCUCCAAAGAUUGUUGAAAAGGAGAAUUCUGAUGAAAGUGGAGCUGGAAUAAAGGAGUUCAAUGAUGCAAACUAUUGGAGGGUUGAUCAAGAGGUAGCUGUUUUGGAGUGAAGGUGGGAAGCUGGAUCUGGCAGCCACAAUUCAGUUUUGGUCGGGAAAGUGUAUUUGCAGCAAUGGUUUGUACAUAUAAUUUUGUUUUGGAAUGGGAUGGACCGGUAGGCCGUGUUAUGGUCAUCUGUCCUUUAGUUGUUACUGUUACUCCUAAUUGUCAAUUAAGGUAGGAUUAAGCAUUCUUAGAUUUUUAUUGUAUGUGUAAUAUGAUGGAUUUUGAAUACUAUCUUCAUUUUGAUAGAAAAUGGCUUGCUAAUAAUGUCUUCUAAGCAUU